CCUAGUUUGUGUGAAAAGUGCUAGUUUGUGUGAAAAUCGACACAUUCAUAAUGCUUGAAAGUAUCAGAAAGACUGUGUUGGUAAAAGAAAAAUUUAUCAAUAUAUAUGAAGAGGUUCUUGCAGAACUCCAGAAAGUAUUUGACAUGCUGAAAAAAGGAGCUAAAAAGGAUGAUAAACCUCAUAUGUGGGAAUCAUGCCAGCAACUUUUCUGGAAGAUUUUUGAGGAGGAAAAGAACACUUUCCCUGAAGACAUAAGGGAUAGUGUGAGUGAAACAUUGUUCAAAAUCGUUCGGUAUGGUCGAGAAGAGUGGACUCUUGAUCCGCACCAAAUUCAAAUUAAGGCUGUGAUUCUUCUUGAAAGAAUCAAAAUAAGUUUGAAGGAAGAACUGCGAGACCAUCCGGAUUUAAAGCAGUUUAUUAUUGGUGAAAUGCUGAGAGAUGAAGACUUGUACAAGAAAAAAGAAAUUCAAGCCAAGAAGAAUUUCAUGAAAGUCAAGCAGUCAGUGUGUAUUAUACAAAGACGAUUUAGGGCAUACAUUAACAAGAAACAGGCACAGAAGAAGACUGAAGCUGCAGUUGUGAUUCAAGCUUGCUUUAGAGGUUACAUGGUGCAUCGUGAAUACAGGAAAGAGAGGGCAGCCAUAGUCAAGAUACAGUCAGGUAUCAGAAAAUUUCUCGCUCGGAGAAGAUAUGCAGGACUGAAAGAUACUGUAAUUGGAAUUCAGAGGCAAUUUCGUCGAAAAUUGAGUGUAGCGAGAAUAAGAGAGAAAUUCUUAAUUACCAAGGGUGCAGCCAUCACCAUUCAAGCCCACUACAGAAGGCAUCUUCAGCAGAAAAACUACAAUCAAAAGAAGCGAGCAAUCAUAAAACUGCAGACAUUACUUCGCAUGAAAAUGCAGAGAGAUCUGUUUCUUCUCCAAAAGAUGGCUGUCUGUAAAAUACAGAGGUGGUUCAAAAAUAUAAUGCAAAGAGACAGGGCUAAAACAGAAUACCAGAUGACAAGAAAAUCAGUCAUAUUUCUUCAAAGUGCUGUUAGAGGUUGGAUUGCCAGAAAACAAGCAAAACAAAGAAAACUUUCAAUUAUCCAUAUCCAGGCUGAGAUCAGAAAGUUAAUUAUUCUACAGAAGUUUCAGAUUUUGAAGAAGUAUACUGAGAUUUGUCAGUGGCGCUAUCGGGCUAAGUUACAUGGAAGAUUAGUUCAUCAUCAAUAUUUGGCCCUCCGUGAAGCAGCUUUGACAAUGCAGUCGCGCUAUAGAGGAAAACAGACUAGAAAAUUGAUGUUCUUGAAACAGGAAAGUGCCAGAAUAAUUCAGUCAUGGUACAAAGGGAGAAAACAGUACAUAUUGUACACAAAACUAAGACAAUCAGUCCUUUUGUGUCAGAAAACUUUCAGGGCAAGUAGAUUAACAAAGACAGAUCGAAGAAAGUUCUUGGUCAUUAAAGGAGCAGCUCUUACUAUUCAAGUAUAUUAUAGAGAAUACAAGACAAGAUGUAUGUACCAAGAAAUGAAGCAGACCAUAGUGUUGCUCAAGUCAGGUUCUAAUGGUUUUAUGGACAGAAGGAGGUUAAGGGAACUUCAAGAAGCUGCAGCUAUCACACAGAGGGUUCUUAAAAACCACUUGCACAUCAAACUUGUCAAGCAUCAGGAGGUAGAACGGCAGACAUACUUGCUACAAUUCACCAGGAAAACAACAGCCAUACAGAGAGACUACAGAAAAUAUGAAUCACUUUGUGAAGCCAAGAAACAGCUCUACGGUGCCCUCAUAAUACAAAACUGGAUGAAGGGAAGAUUGUGCCGCUUAAGAUUUCUGAAGCUCAAGGAGUCCGUUUCUGUAUCUGAAACAGCAGCAUUAAAGCGGGAAGACAUCAGCCAUGAUAAAGAAAUACAACAAGGAGCCUCCACAAUACAAGAGGAAGGGAAGAUGGAGCAAAACAUUGAGCCAGAAAAUGUGAAAGCUAAGAAAUUAGGGAGAAUGAAGAGAUGUAGAAGGUGGAUCAAGCGUUGUUUUUGCUGCUAGGGAUAAAUAAAGAUGAGAAGACAACUUCAAACAAGAUUUAAAGAGAGCUAUUUUGAUUUAAUUUUGUUUUUAAAGAAAUAAUUGUAAAUGUUUAACUUAAUUUAAUCAAGUAAUUAAUAUUUGAAGCCCAGGAGGGGACACCCGAGCUAUUUUACAGAUUCUCUUUAUUUUUGGCUAAAAAUUAAUUAUUUCUUUCUUUUGACUCUUCCUAAAUUUAUAUAAUGUGAGCCUCAUAGACAAGAGACAUAUGCUGCAAAAGUGUCAUCCUAAAUUGUUCUUUGGCUUUUCUUUCUGGUCAGGAGGCAAGCGAAACAAAUCUCUUAUGGAGUUAACAGAGCAAAAUUAUUUCAAAGAUUUCGGAACUUUAGGCCUUUCAGGGAGACCCAUUUUAACCAGGGUUUCCCUGUCUAAAAGCAUGAAAUUGUAAAUACAUCCAUUUAGAGAUGUUAAGAGCAACGUUUCCUCUCCUGUCAAAAUUCUGCUUAUAGUUUAUAUAUCUGUCUAUAUUGUAUUUGAUAUGUUUUAAUAAACCAACA